AAAAAUCAGCUGAUUACCAGAUUCGGUGAAGCAGCCAUCGAAUUAUUGAGCUCAAGUGUCUUGUUUACGUUAAAAUCGUAUAGUUUUAUGUCAUAAAAAAAUAGGAUGGGUAAAAAAGGGAAAGGAAAGCAGGGAGAUCUCGGCAAAGCUCUCCUUCGAGAUCGCUUCGGAGCUAAUAGAUCCAAACGUGGCGCAAAAGAAGGUUCACUGUUGCACACAUCAGAUAUAAACGACGGUUACCAAUGGGACCGGCUCAACCUCUGCUCAGUAACGGAGGAGAGUUCCUUCCAGGAGUUUCUAUCGACUGCCCAGUUAGCAGGUACCGAGUUCCAUGCUGAGAAACUGAAUAUAAAAUACGUGAAUCCGCAGAGUGGAAUAGGAAUAUUAUCAGAAUCCGAGCGUUUGGCUCUGCUAGAGGUCCAUAAAAGCAACCAAUCCCUCCUGAAGAUCCCUAGAAGGCCAAAAUGGAAUGCACAGACAAGUGCCUACGAGCUCCAGACGAGGGAAAAAGAAGACUUCCUCGAGUGGCGGAGGCAAUUGGCUCUUCUCCAAGAGGCACAGGAACUCACGAUGACCCCUUACGAGAAAAAUUUGGAGUUCUGGAGGCAGCUAUGGAGGGUCGUGGAGAGGAGUGACAUAGUAGUGCAGAUCGUUGAUGCCCGGAAUCCCCUUUUAUUCCGGUGCGAAGAUCUCGAGAAAUACGUGAAGGAAAUCGAUGAAGAGAAGAAGAAUGUUAUUCUCGUGAAUAAAGCAGACUUCUUGUCGUUGGAGCAACGACAAGCCUGGGCGGACUAUUUCACUGACAUAGGGCUGAGAAUCGCUUUUUUCUCGGCUACCGAAGCUGCUGAAUCAAUAAAAUCCCAACUACCUCCUGUGGAAUUGCGUAAAAGCAGGAAGCGAAGGAGUUCCAGGAUCUCCGAAAGUCUCAGUGAGGACAUUGGUGAUGAAGACGAUGAGGAAGAUGAGGAUGAUGAUGAGACGUCAUCUUAUUGUUCGGAUUUUGCCUCCAGCAGUGAGUACGAGAGUGCAAACGAAAGUGUGGCGGGCAAAAAGGACCAGGAAAGUGAGGAGGAGGGAGAUAACACUGAACAACCAAUGAUUCCAGAGACGAAUUCACCAGAGCUUCUGUGUCGAGACAAGCUCAUAGCGUUUUUCAAAACCAUGGGGAAAGGGCUGAAAAAGUAUACUGAAGGACUAACUACCGUGGGAUUGGUGGGAUAUCCAAAUGUUGGAAAGAGCAGCACGAUAAAUGCUAUUUUGAUGGAUAAAAAGGUGUCGGUUUCAGCAACCCCUGGCAAGACCAAGCACUUUCAGACUUUGUUUGUAGACAAGGAGUUGAUGCUGUGUGAUUGUCCUGGUCUGGUGAUGCCAAGUUUUGUGUGCACCAAGGCGGAGAUGGUGUUGCAUGGAAUACUACCUAUUGAUCAGCUGAGAGACCAUGUACCGUCCAUAACAUUGCUGGCGACCCUAAUCCCCAGGCAUAUCCUAGAGGACACUUAUGGGCUUAUGAUUCCUAAACCCAUUGACGGGGAGGAUCCGCAGAGGCCACCCACUGCAGAGGAACUGUUGAACACUUAUGGAUAUAAUCGAGGAUUUAUGACACAAAAUGGACAGCCGGACAACCCCAGAUCAGCUCGUUAUGUUCUCAAAGACUUCGUGAAUGGAAAGCUCUUGUACGCAGUGGCCCCCCCUACGCUAAAUCAAGAAGAUUACCAUACAUUCCCCGAGCGACGUAAGGUCAUCAACGAGACGCGAAUUCUGCCGCCGCGGCAAAUACGAGCAAGUCGAGGUGUGACCGUAACGAACGAAGAACUGGACCGAAAUUUCUUCCAAAGCAACAACAGUGGAGUGCACAUCAAAGGACUACCUGGGUCAACCAAAAUUAACCCUGGGAAUCUAGGAAGCAAGCCCUGGAAGAAAAUGAACAAGCAUGAAAACAAGAAGAAACGAGAGAAGACACGAAGACUCUUCGCACAUCUGGAUGAGCACUAAAAUAAUUCGAUGUAUUGAUUAAUAACGAUAAUCCUGUUUCUCUUUUGUACUUUAAUGUAUAUAUCGUUGGAUAGCUCAACGCUUUUUCGUUUCUCAUUUUUUCAUCGCAUGAAAAAAGUAUCGUAAUAAAGAACAUAAACUGAA